CCGAUCCCCACUACUAAAUCUUCUCAACCUAUAACGAUCAUUAUUCAAACUAAUAAAUACCGCGGGCUGUGCCAUACCUCAAACGUGAAACGAUCGCAAUUCAGUUUAGCUCCAGUAGUCCAGUCUUAGUACAACCACUAAGCGCCGUCUCUUCGUGAUACUCUCAGCCAUCACCAUCAGUUACAUUGUUCACGAAAAGUGUUCUCUGAGCAAAUAAAAAUGAAGACAUCAAUCAGUAUCACUAUUAUCCUAAUUGUAUGUUUGAAGUGUUUGAACAUUGUUAUGGGGUCACCCUUACAUCAGCCGUUACACCGUGAUGAGCAUUAUAUGAAUCGGAUGCAACAGUUUUGCGGCCAGCAUCUAACUCAAGAGCUUGAAAUUUUAUGUGGGGGUGAUUACAAUGAUGUCAAUGAUAGUGCCCAUCCAAUGCAAAAAAGGAUCACUGAAGAAUGUUGCAGUAGACAAUGUUCCAGAAAUUACAUCAAAAUGAACUAUUGUAGUCCUUUAGCCGAAGAAAAGAUAUAUACUGAUUCGCCAGAUCUAAAUCCAAUAAAAGAAGUUGAUUACCUUGGAUAUUAUUUUGAAUUGCUUGGACGUAUAUUGGAGCCUAUGGUGGAGAACACCAGUACACCAAUUAACCAUUGACAACAACAACGAAAACACAAUAUAUAUAUUCAUUCAAUUUUUUUUUAUUAAUAUUAUGUAUAUGUAGUAAUGUAUUUAUAUUUUAU